GCGCGAUUUGAUGAGAAGUUGUCAAACAAAACAUCUGCCUCCUCUCGUUCAGUCCUUUCCUUCGGCUAGUCGUUUCAGUAUUUUUGCAAAGUUUUCGUGAUUUUUUGCACCAAAAAGUUGAUUUAAUUCAAUUUUAUUAGUUUCUUAGAUUGCCGCCGGCUUCUGCAACGAAAAUGCCCAAGAACAAGAAGAAGGAAGAAACCUCCGACUCCGACUCCGGACCGGAAGACCGCACCCCGGCGAAGAAGAGCAAAUCCGAGGCCGGUUCCAGCGGUGGUGCCAAAAACGAAAGCGGCGAGCCGGAGUGGUUCCUGGACAAGAACAAGAAGGUCACCGUGCGGGAGUUCAAGAACAAGGUGUACGUAGACAUUCGCGAGUUCUACGAAAAGGACGGCAAGAUGCUGCCGGGGAAGAAGGGCGUCAGCCUGCAGGUUCCCAUGUGGAAGAAGCUGCUGGAGAUUUCCGACGAGGUCAACGAGGCGAUCAAGAAGUUCUAGGACGCUGUUGGCAGUAAGUUUCCUUAUUAUUUUUUUGUUUUGUUACCUCUAGGCUGUAAGUUUGAGAGCACUUCCGGAGCGUCAGCGGGAAGAGAGCUGAUGCUGCGCGGAAUGUGCUGUUCUUUUGUACUUGAAGAUAAUUCCUAAACUAUGAGUCGUAAUAAAUUGUUACACUUUGCGUAA